GCGUUUCAAUGUAAAGCAAUGCUCCUGCAAGUAAUGUGAAAUGCAGAAAAGAAAUUUGUUUCGCGUAAAUGUUUCAAAUAAAAUUCCUAUAAUUUACUGAAAAAAUUGUGUACAAAUAUAGUGCUAAAGUAUUGUAAUUAUGUCAAUGUGUCAAAUUAGUUAAUAAGUUAAGGAACAUAAUUUUAGUUUUAAGAAAAAUCAUGGGUCAGUCGGCAAGCAAAAUCGUCCGCCGUUCUCCAUCCGCCUGUCCUGGUCCUAAUAAUUUGCCACCUCUACAAUUUCAUAGUGUUCACGGCGAUAAUAUACGCAUUUCCCGUGACGGUACACUCGCUCGACGUUUUGAAAGCUUUUGCCGCGCAAUAACGUUCUCCUCGCGUCCGGUGCGAAUCAAUGAACGCGUUUGCGUACGUUUCACCGAGAUUUCGAAUAAUUGGAAAGGCGGUAUACGUUUCGGUUUCACCACCAAUGAUCCGGCCACCUUAGAUGGAAAUUUACCUAAAUUCGCUUGUCCCGAUCUAACAAAUCGACCCGGUUUUUGGGCUAAAGCUUUACAUGAACAAUACUGCGAGAAGGAUAACGUAUUGUAUUAUUAUGUAAAUUCGGCCGGUGAAGUAAUUUACGGCAUUAACAAUGAGGAGAAGGGUGUGAUAUUAUCGGGCAUUGAUACGAGAGGCUUAUUGUGGACUAUCAUUGAUAUUUAUGGUAAUUGCACGGCUAUAGAAUUUUUGGAUGCUCGUAUUUAUAUGUAUCAACAGAGCGGCGGCAUCGGUUUACCACCGACCUUAAUGGGCGGUACUUUACCGGCACCACAAAUGGCCACAAGUACAUUGCAUGCCCAUCAGCAGUCUAGACGUUCCUUGCCCACAACAAGCGGUUUAGAUCACGAGCUUGAACGUCAUGUGAUGCCUUCGUUGCAAUCGUUAAAUCUGUCCGGCCAAGAUCAAGUUGAUAUGGCGAAUGGUGUGCCACCGUUGCGUUAUAAUGUUAAUGGUCGUUUAAUACCGGUACCCUUUCAUAUUACCAAAGGUCGUAAUGUUCGCUUAUCUCACGAUCGAUUUAUAGCCUCGCGUACUGAAAAUGAUUUCUGUCAAGGUUAUGUGUUUACCGCACGACCGAUUCGCAUCGGUGAGAAGCUCAUUGUCCAGAUACUCAAGACUGAACAGAUGUAUGUCGGCGCUUUGGCUUUAGGUUUAACAUCCUGUAAUCCAGCCGCUCUGCAACCGGGCGAUUUGCCCAAUGACUCGGACUUUUUACUCGAUCGUCCCGAAUAUUGGGUAGUUAGUAAGGAUAUAGCGACCGCUCCUCAGCGUGCCGAUGAAAUUGCGUUUUUUGUCGCACCUAACGGUGAAGUAACGAUCAGUAAGAAUAAUGGCCCAGCGGUUGUAGUAAUGCAUGUCGAUCAAUCUUUGCAAUUAUGGGCAUUUUUGGAUGUCUACGGGUCAACCCAAUCAGUAAGAAUGUUCCGUCAACAAUUACCAAAUAUGGUGGCUUAUUCAACGGCAUCCGUAGCCGGAUCCCAACAACGCAUAGUUAACAUACCCGUCUCUGAAUCCAUUAACAGUCUGAAUAGUCAAAUGUCUGAAUCACGUAAAAUCCUGCACCCCAGCCAUUUAAAUGUAACGCAUGCAUCUUCGUCCACCUUAGCCUCCAUGCAAUCUAAUAAUAAUUUAAACGUCGGCGCCUCCACAGGCAUUCUAAAUGGUACAUGUUCGCCACCGGCAACUGGCAGUCAUGUUGCUGCAUCAGGACGCAUGAUUAGCAUGCCCUCGAAUGGCGAUAUGAUUCAAAUACAACCAAACAAUGGCGGCACAGUACUAGUGGUGAAUUUACCACCAGCUACAUCAGCUUUAGACUUGAAUGGAGCUUUAGCGGCGCAGCAUGGACGUUUAAAUCAAACCAAUUCAAUAAAUAGUUUAAGCGGCCCUCAACAAGCAACAACAACGAACGGCGCAAACAAUUUAAUGGCUAAUGCCAAUAGUGGACAAUAUGUUGAGAAUGGUUCUGCUAAUAAUACUGCCUCUCCAACUGCCACAGUGGUUACUGCGGGCGUCUGUGGCCCAAAUAAUUUGAAUAGCAGUAACAAAUGGUCGUCAAAAACAACCGAGCAAAGCGAUAAUAAUUAUUCAGCGAAUGCUGAAUGUACGAUUUGUUAUGAGAAUCAAAUUGAUUCGGUUCUAUAUAGUUGCGGACAUAUGUGUAUGUGCUACGAUUGUGCUAUCGAACAAUGGCGUGGUGUAGGCGGCGGUCAUUGUCCCCUUUGCCGGGCAAUUAUACGUGAUGUCAUACGUACUUAUACCACGUAAAGAACGAGAAGAAGAGACUAAAAAAAUGUUUUACCGGAUAGUGGAUAAUUUGUAAGAAAAUAAAAAAAAAAUGCUUGUAACGUUUUUGGUUAAGCAUUAGAAUGGGAAAAGCAAAAAAAAAAAAAGAAAAAAAAUUUAAUGUGUCUAGAAUCCUAUGGAAACACACUAAAUGAUUUAAAAUUGGACUGCAGCACCUGCUCGGUUUUAUGUUUAUAUUGAAUGAAUUUUAAAACAUUUACUAAAAAAAAUAUUGAGAUAAAUAAUGGCAAAGAAAAAGCAUUUUUUUUUUUGUGUAGAAGUUUUGUUAAAACUAAUUUUGACUAAUAACGACGAUUUAUUUUUAUUUUUUUUACAUUUA